AUGUCCGUACCAGCGGAUGACAGCAAAAGUGUGCAAUUUUCUCCAGCUGGCUCUGUCUGCAAGACUCUCAACUUCUAUCAUACGAAUCCUGAUGAUAACGAUAACACUCCAUGGACUAAAGAGCCCCAGGCCAUGACCGUGGAGCCAGAACAGACACCCGUGUCCCUUCAGCACGCGUUCCUCGUGCGGAAGGUGAAAUGCGAUAGUGGGGGGCUUGAGUUCAGCUCGAUAGUUGUGCAAAGUGUUCACCUCAAACGGGUCUUGGCAAGGGUCAUGGAUGGCUACCCUGGCAUUUCCAUGUCACACGAGGGCGUAGAAUUCAGCAAGCCCUUCGUACCAUUUAUCCACAGAUGGAAAAUAUUUGCUGAAGCUCGAGGCAAGGAAUCCGAAGCAGAAGCUAAGGCCCAUGUGGACUCACUCUACGAAGUCCUGUCAACAGAACUCAACGAUGUUAUCACUCGCAAGAACGACCUUGUCCUCUAUAACGUGAUCACUUUCAACAUGCUCUGGACCAUCUUCGAGCCAGGUCAUAUAAUUUUAAGCAUCGUGAACGGCUGCGAGCGCGCCUUUCGGCUUGAAGGUGGCGAAUACACUUCAGAUUCGAAAGAAUUCAAAAUCUAUGCUAUCUACAUUGAUUAUAAUGGCCACGUAUUUGGGUACAGGAAGUACAACCUCUCCAUCCCGGCCUUUGAAGGCACCACGUCUAUUAUGUUGUUGCCAGUGAUCCCUUUCGAGUAUCAUAACGACAAGCACGCACUGCGCAAGAACCUGAUCCUUCGUGGACAGCGCUGGUAUCAGCACAAAGGUUGUCACUAUAAACUAUACAAUGGAUUAGGUCUGGUAACGUAUAUGGGCCGAGAGGUUGGUCAUAACAUAAGCAGUCGGGUUAUGAUUGACACAGAAACAUAUCUCGCGUUCCACUCAGAAAAGUUCUCAAUGGAAUUAGAAGACAUAUCCGAGUCACUGGCUGAUGAACAAUCUCUUAUCGCAACUCCAAUUUUGCGCGGCUACUCUCCCGAUGACAGAAAAUGGAUGGAGUUCUUUGUCAACGGCAUGUCGGAUAUUAUCUGGAACCCGCGACCCUUUACCUCUUUGGUCCUACCGGAUGGCAUAGAGGAAGAUCUGAAGGACCUAGUUCUUGCUUUCACCAGUUCUCAGUCAGCUAAAUCUGAAUUCUUUGACAAUGUGCCUCAAAGGGAAGGCCGCAGUGUCACCAUGCUCCUCCACGGCCCUCCAGGUGUUGGCAAGACCCUUACGGCCGAAUGUGUCGCCGAAGUGAUGAAAGUGCCGCUUUACGUUCUGAGCGCGCGAGCGCUGGGAACGACUGCUGUGCAAGUUGAAGAGAGUUUGCAAUUUGCCCUUCAUAGGGUUGACAAAUGGGGUGCUGUGCUGCUUAUAGACGAUGCAGAUAUCUUCAUACAAGAACGCAACCCAAGCUAUCUCCAAAACAACGAGCUAUCGUAUGUAUUAUUAACGCUACUGGAAUACUACGAGGGAGUGUUGUUCCUAGCUAGUAAUGGCGUCGAGACCAUAGACCCUGCUUUUGAAACUCGUGUCGAUGUCCACAUCCAUUAUCCCGAACUUGAUGAUGAGUCCCGACGCCAUAUCUGGAAAUGCUUACUCGGAGAGACGGAGAAGGAAUUAUUCUCAAAGUAUGAACUUCGUGACCUAGCGGGUCGCGAACUGAACGGAAGACAGAUUAAAAAGUUGGUGAAAUCUGCCAGGACCCUCGCUCGCUAUCAGGGAACUAAGCUGAGCUAUGAACAUAUCUUGACUGUCAUGAAGCUGGUGCAUCCAGCUUAUGGGUGGACAGAUUGUUGA